CAUCCUAAAGCUAGUUUUAUCAAGAAAAGUGACAGCGGGACUCAACAUCCGAGCACACCUCUUCUGUUCCUCCUAUUCAGUACUUACCUGGAAGCUGGAUAAAGCUGCAGCGAUCACAUUGUAGCUUUGAGUAGCCACUGUAUUUCUGGUGAAUAUAUUAAUUCCCUCUCCCGUCGAUUAAAUAAUCCGGAAACUUCAACUCAACUGCGGAAGAAAAUGAACGAGAGCGAACUGAACCUUUUUGAUUUUGAGCGACGUUUCGAUGAAACUCGAGCUCUGGAAUGGAUGCAAGAAAACUGGAGCAAGUCAUUCAUAUUUUGUGGCCUGUACGCUGCGCUCGUGUUCGGAGGCCGACACUUCAUGAGGGAAAGGCCGAAGCUAAACCUGCGCCGACCUUUGGCUUUGUGGUCGCUGAGCCUCGCCAUUUUCAGUAUUAUCGGAGCGGUCAGGACUGGAAAAUACAUGCUGCACAUUAUCACGAAGAGCGGCUUCAAACAGUCCGUGUGUGACAAUAGUUUCUACAACGCACCAAUCACCAAGUUCUGGUCCUACGCCUUUGCUAUUAGCAAGGCCCCUGAGCUCGGAGACACAGCGUUCAUCAUCCUGCGAAAGCAGCGCCUCAUCUUCCUGCACUGGUACCACCACAUCACCGUGCUGGUUUACUCCUGGUUCUCCUACAAGGACCUGGUGGCGGGCGGCGGCUGGUUCAUGACCAUGAACUACAUGGUUCACUCCAUCAUGUACACGUACUAUGCGGCCCGGGCAGCUGGACUGCGGGUGCCCCGGCCACUCGCCAUGAUCAUCACUACGGCCCAGAUCCUGCAGAUGGUAAUGGGCCUGGCUGUGCUAGGCUUAGUGUACAUGUGGAUGCAUGAAGUCCACUGUCCCUCCAACAUGGAGAACAUCAUGUGGGGCACAGUCAUAUAUCUCAGCUAUCUGGUGCUGUUUGCUUCCUUCUUUUACAACACCUACCUUAAGGAUCCAUCCAGAGACAAAGGAUCCAAGGCAGAGUAACGUCUUAGAAGUUAGUUUACUCACCGUUUACUGUUUUUCUCACUUUCAUCAGCCUCUGCCUCUUAAAGUAGCGAUACAUUAGUGACAGUACACAGUUAGGAGCAGGAGAAACGCACAGGUCAUUCUGAUAUAAACUCACAAGUGUUUGGAAGUAAAGUAUGAGGAAUGAUUAAGGAAGACGAUAAACAAGCAUUGUGUUAGGGCUCAAUUCAAAACUUUGCCUUGGUGACUCUCCACCAACAUCUGCUGUGAACAUGUAAUGGCCAAAUAUUUGUGAAAUGUGUUCAGCAAAUGUUUGUGGUCAUAUGCUGUAAUAAAAAUGGCCUUAAUGUAACUAAAAACAAAAAAAAAAAGAAAAACUGUGAGAUAGGGAGCAAACGCACUUACAAAUUUUAUGUUCUUUAAGGAAAUGUUCUAUUUUUUUAUUUAUUCAAGCUUGUUAGUUGAGAGCCGUAGUGUAGCUUGUGAUUGAAAAGGCUUGGAUCUGCAACUUUAGUACAAAUUUAUUUAUUAUUGUUUCUAAUUAGUUUAAUCCAUGAAUGAUAAGAGAUACUUUAUCCAUUCCAUCCAGUUCCAACUAUUUCGCCACCGUCCAAAUUUCUGCUUGUUUAUGUUUGAAGCACAGUUCCUCGGAUAUGUUUUAAUAAUAAGAUUCUGAUAAACACAAGUUAUGAGUGUUUCUUGUUUACAUUUCUGUAUUCACGACCCAAAGAAUUAAUGGUUUCCCACUUUAGUGAAGUAAAAUAUUUACACCAGCAUCGAUAUUUUUCACAAUAUUUUCCUUCUGCUGCCCCUGUUAUCAAUAUGAUUGGUAUCGCUGGUAAGAUUUUAGGAACCGUCUAAACUGAUAUCUAACACAUAACGGAUAAAGCAGAAGAUUAGUUUUAAAAGGAUGCAGACUUAUUGAUUGACAGGAAAUUGUGUUUAAUAAAAACAGCAGCACAUCCGCAGCCAGAGUUUCUCACUCGUAGCAAAAAGUAUCACAGUUAUUUUUGUCAGGAAGGAAAUCCUGCUUAUGCAAAACUGCUGCUUAUCCACAUUAAAUGCGUGCAGUAUUUUUUUUUUCCAUUUAAAGAAGAAAACGAGUUCAUACUUGCAAAUUUAAAUGUAUCAAAAUAAUUUAAGUAAAAAAAAAUUUUUUUUUGCUUGUUUCUAAUUUUAUUGUGAUAAUUUACAGACAAAAUUGGAACUGAAACACACUUAUGUGUAAAGAUUGUCCAAAUGUUUUUCCUAUUUACUGAAAGCCCAUACUUUCAUCAAAAAGUGUUGAAAUGCAACCUCUCUUCUCUGGUUAGAGAAAAUAGCCGGUUAAAAAAAUAAACCCUAGAAAUAAUUUGAGACACUAGGAACAUUUUAGCAAAUGAACUUCAGUUGAACAUAAAAUAAGUGCUUAGAUUCUAAAAUAUGGUGCAACGCCUGGUCAAAUUCAAAGGGCUCAGUGAUUUUAGCAUUGUCAACACUUCUUUCAGCACUCUCCUUAGAGUGUUUCCUCCCACAAAUCUUUUUGGCCGUUGAGUUUUCACUUUGACAAUUCAGGAAGAAUGUCUGGCGAACGAAUAGAAACCGGGCCGAUGCUUUUGAUUUUAGAACACACCCAUAGCGCAAGUACGGUGUGAGCUUGUAUGAUGAAGUGAAGACAUUUUCAUAUUUUUUUGUCAAGUACAGCUAUGAUACAUUACAAGAAGUGCAUUCUUUCAUACCUUCACAUUGGAAAGUGUUCCUAAGCAAAACUGUUUUCAUAUUGAUGACGGGUGCAAAUAUUUUUUAUUAUUAUUUAGUGUUGAAUGUUGAUAGUUAAAGUUUAUAGAUUUUACAUUCGUCUUCUUACCUUAACAUGGUUGCAAAGGAAUGAGGCGUGUUAAAAGUUGAGUUUAGGAAUUUCUGGAAAUGUGUUGUUAGACGAAACUUUGAGUGAGAACUCUGAAUUUAGCACAACAUUAACAUGAAGAAAUGAGAUCACAAAUGCUAGUAAGACCAUUGGACUCUUCCUUUCAAACUCUUUUAAUUUCUGCGUGAUAGGCACUAAAAGAGAAUGACUGGAUAACAGUAAGCAGUCAUAAUAAAAACAUACGCAUCUCAAAAGUACUGACAGGCUGUAGUAGGGCGAUCACGUUUCUCUACGGCUGGCACUGAACGGCCUUUUAUGCUUUGUCUGUAAAACCAAAACCUUAACCGGUGUUUCACGUUUUGCCUUGAAAAUUCAGCACCAAGGGAUUUCUUAAGUUUAGUCUGUGAGGAAAACAAGGAUUAUUUUUACCAUUAAGCACAUUUUUAAGAAAAAAAAAAAAAAAGUAAAACAAACUUGAAUGUGAGUCUUGUUCACAGUAAAUUUUGCUGCCUUGUUGUCCCUGGUGUAAACUCCAAAAAUCAAAGGUUCAGUUUUGCAGGUUUUGCAAGUUCUCGUUCCAUUUUAUAAAAAA